AACUUUUGUGUCAAGCCACCCAGUUCCCAAUUGCAUUCUACCAUUCCACACUCACACACGCUCUCUCUCUCCAAGCUCCAUCAAUGGCUAAGCAACGAUCUUCUUCUCUAUUCUUCUCUUCACUCUUAACCCCAAGAGGCGAUACCCUUCUCUACCUCAUCGCUCUCCUCUCGAUUUUCUCCCUCAUCAUCCACCACAUCUCCCUCUCCGCCGCUGCUGAUUCCCAUUUCGAAGGCUUUGACGCCGAUGACGAAGUUGAACUCGAUGACGACUCUCUUCUUCUCCAAUCAUCACUCUCUGAUCUCCCCCGCCGGUCCCCUCCUCCUUCCACCACUUUAUCCACCUCUUCCGAUCCCGAAUCCCACCAUGGCCCACCUAACCCACCCUCAUCCCAGCCGGCCGAUUCCGAUCUCGCUACCAAACCCUCAACCCCAUCUUCUUCAUUUGAGUAUUGGGAUGAAGAUGAGUUCGAGGGCUUCCCUACUGAAAUAACACCCCCUGAAGUCUCCAGAAUCACUGAACCUACCACACCGGGUGGUUCUGAAUCGGAUGCUCCGGAGGAUACCGAGAAGAUUGCGCAACCGACUUCGGCGAAAAAGAGUAUUGGAUCGUAUACUAUUGAGAUAACAUGUGUAUCAAUCUUAAUCAUAUUCGCGAUUAAUUUUUUCACUGGGAAAAAAGAGAAUGAAACCCUAGCCCUAGCUUGGGCGGCUAAAUUCGCUACUAAUGAUUCGAUUUUCGAGAAGAAUUUUAGUUUGUUGGGUGUGGGAGAAACCGAUGACUCUCCAUUGUUGUUGAAAGAAGGUCAAAACGUGUUCAAGUUCUACGCCAGUGGGCGUAGGUUUUGUCAAGGAUUGUUGGCUACAAUGGAGCUGAAGAGCCGCCAUGAUUUGAUAGCAAGGCUGUAUAACAUGAUUGUUCCUUGUAAAGAUGAGAUCACGUUUGAGGUCUAUAUGAAUGACGAUGCAAUGGAUCAUGUGGUUUUUGCUUUGGCUAAGAAGAAAGCUGCAAAAACUAUGCAGAAGGAAUUGAGAGAUCUUCAGAGGUUUGGGAAUUUGAUGCCUGCACCCACCAAUCGGAAAUGGGUUGCUGAUGAAUUGAGUGUCAUUACAGAGUCUAAAGAGGUCGCCGGAGAUUUGAUCACCGAGACUGUACUUGAUCAGGUAUUUGGUGAAAAAGCAUUCGAGAAAUUUGGGAAAUUGUUCAUGUCAAUGCAUUUCUCUGAUCAACAUCCAAGUACCCACAGGAAGAUCUUGAUUUUUAAGUUUGCUCUUCCUGCUGCCGAUCAAAUGGCUGACAUGACACGACUAGUGGCUCUAAUUCCCUAUUACAUUGAUUUAAUUGGUCGUUACAAACUCAGUUCACAGGCUAGAUCCAAACCAGAAGCAGCAAGGGCAAAGCUUGCACAAGAAGUAUACAAGGAGCUUCAGUAUGCAAGACAAGAAGCAAUUCAGAGAAAGAAGAUAGAGAAGAAGAAGAUGAUGGAGGAGGCUGAGUCAAAGCUGAAUGCUGAGGCUUUACGCAAGAAAGAAGCAAAAGAACGUGCUCGACAGUUGAAGAAAGCAAUGCCCAAAAUCAAAAUGUCACGUGGAGGAUAGGAAGAACAUAUACAGGGUCAGCUUGUUACUUGUUAGUUCACUGCUCUUUCUUUUUCUCCUUUCUAGUUCUUGUUACUUCUUUUAUGCUUUUUAUAGCUAGAAACAUAAUAGAAUCUGUACGUGGUCACUGCAAUGCAUUGUACUUUAGUGGUUUGUACUUCUGUUUUCAGUCAGAUUAAGCAAUUCUACUUGUACCUCUAGU